GGGGGCUCGGAGCAGGACUCUGUGCAGAUGUUAAAACAGUGAAAGUAAAACUAAACACUUCAUUUUUAAUUCUCCAUGAACUCUUCAAAAUGGGAUUUGUCAUUUAUAUUAAAACUCAUACCGGAGAGUCUUUUACGCUGACUGUGGAUUCAAAUGAGACUGUUAAAGAGAUCAAAAGAAAACUCUAUGGCGAACAAUGUGACCACAUCACACUAUUCUUCGCUGGCAGACAUCUGAUGGAUGAACAUACACUUGGUUUUUAUAACAUACAAAAUGGAUCUACUCUUAAUGCGAUUAAUCGGAUGAGUGGCAUUUUAUAUUGUUUAGAAGAAGAAACAUUAAAAGGAUUUGCAUUAACUUCCUGUUCAGAAGAAGAAACAUUAAAAGGAUUUGGACUAACUUCCCGUCAGCUAAUGGACAGUUACUAUGAUAUUAGAGGAGCAGUAACCACUGACCGAGGGAGAAGAAAGAAGAGAGAAGAGAAGAAAGAAGAGGAAAGAGAAGAGAAGAAAGGAGAAGAAAAAGUGGAUCCGCUGCCAGCAGGAGCUUCAUCUGUGCAACCCGACGCAGACCUGCAGUUUCUGCAAAGUUUGCUGCCUGCCCUGAAGAGAAUGGAUAUUAGACAAAGAGAGCACACUAAACUGAAAAUACACCAGCUCGUGUUUGAUGCAGAGUUUAAUGCACCAAGUCCGCCUUCUGAGGGAAUGCACAGGGCGGAUUCCAUGGAAAACAUACCUCCCAAAAUGUAAAUGUAUUAGAUUCACUUGGUCUGUAUAAAUAAUGUAUAUAAGCUUUAUCAUUAGUUUCUGAGAUGUGAUCUGCUCGGUGUUCAUUGCUGAUCUGUGUACCUGUAAACUCUGAUCAAACAAACAGAAUUAAAAAGCACACAAUCUGAUGUUUAUGUAUUUUUAAUACAUAACAAAUUAUACAUGUACUCUUUAGCUCACAGUAAUCCAUGUUUCUAACGUGUUUUUGUGAAUUUGUGAACCUGAAACAGAUUCUGAAUGGUGUUUCAGGUUGUCUUCAACCAUUUUCUAGCUUUUGUAUGACUAUAGUAAAUGCCUAAAUUAUGUUAGUGGAGUUGGGGAGCUUGAUGCCAGAGCAAAGUGAACUAAAGCUUAUAUGUGGGAAUGAAUUUAGUUUAUUUGUUUAAAACCUGGUCAUUACUAGAGCUAUCAUCAGUCAUGUAAACUGGCACCAAGGCAAAUACACUUUAUAUGGUAGCAGUGGCGACUGCAUUAGAAGCCUGACUUCUAUUACUUUAAAUAACAGCUAUGGCAUGUUUAUUUAUUUUUAAAAUAAAUUUAUUCUGGUUACAUAUUA